AUGGCCACUGAGUCCGGCGGCGAGGAUUCUUGGACCCAGGUCCGCGGUGCUAAACGCCCGAGUGCCGAGUCACCUCCAAGCAACACCACCACCUCGCCUUCCCAAACUCAUCGUUCUGCGAAACACACGAAACAUGGCAGCGCUCGCCACGACCGUAACCAUGUUUUCCCUGACCCUAUGACCACCCCGCUUCGCCCUCGCGCCCGCCACUCUGCCCCUACCGCCCGUGCCUCGUCUCAUGUGCCCUCGACGUCCCCCGCUGCCGGCGCUUCUCAAUCAUUUGAAAAUCACUUCCUCAACAACACGACGCGCUUCCUCACAACCCAAAACUGGUCUUCACACGCUGUGGAGCCUGACAAGGCGUCCUUGUUCGUCAAGGAACGAUUCAUGAGAAAAAAACGUGGUGGGUGUCGGGUGAGGGCAGCCGCUACGGUGAGCGCGCUGGAAGCAGCGAGUGACGGGCCGGCAGCCUUGUCGGUCGUGGUGUUGCUGAGCGUGACCGUGUUGUGUCGGACGGCUGAGCUGGUCGCAUACGACGGCAACUUGGCCCUGGUACUCGAAGACCCCAACGUGAAUCAUGUCCUCAUUGCCCAAGCCAACGACAACGAAGCUCAGAUGUUUGCUGAUCCCAAUAACCGUCUCCUUACAAAGUCUGAGGUUGAAGCGCUGCUCUCCGAAAUGGAAAAUCGCUUUACGGCCGUCAUCUCCAAUCUCGAGGCCCGGCUCCAGCAGCAACUUGAUAUCAAACCCAAUCGGACCGAGACCGUCUCACCUGCCGAGCUAGAUGCUGCUGUGCGCACCGAUGAUGACAUUCGCACCGUCGUUCACGCCAUGGUCAGCAAUGCGCCGGCCGCAAAUUCUCUGCGGGCCGCCCUUGAUGCCAAAGUGGACGUGGCCAACCAAUACACGGAUGAGCGUGCGCGCACGCUCAUCAACACCAUCGUCAACGAUCCCGAUGGUGACGACAGCAGCUUGCGCACGGCUCUCGAUAGUCUCGAUGCACGCGUCACCGCCGCGGAAACCAACCUCAAUACAGAUUGUGGUGCGGCUUGUGCCGCCGGCACGUACGAGUCUACUCCCUGCGACCCUGCCAGCGGCAGCGCUCGCGUUUGCGACACCUGCGCUGACAACACCUUUUCCUAUGGCGGCUCUGUACCCGGCUGCACGACUUGUGAAGCCUGUGCGAAUGAGCAUUUCGAAGUUUACCCUUGCACCGUUUCCUCAGAUCGCGUCUGUGCGCCCUGCGAGUCGUGCGUGCCAGGCAGCACAUUUGAGAUGACUGAUUGCACGGCUACCACCGAUCGCGUCUGCCUGGCUUGCGAGGCCUGCCCCGCUGGUACCUACAUUGCCCAAGACUGUACCUUGAGCACCGAUCGCGUCUGUGUCGAAUGCAGCACGAUCUGUCCCGAAGGCCAAUGGCUGGCAUCCUCCUGCACAGGGUUGACCUCGGGUGCGUGCCAGGCUUGCAGCACCUGCUCUGAGGGCUACUAUCAGGUCAACGAUUGCACCGCCACCUCGGAUACUCUUUGCCUGCGCUGCACGGAUUGUGGUGAGGAUGAGGUUUCAACGCCGUGCUCGGCUACCCAAAACGCGGUGUGCAUGCCCGCGGGCUGGGGGUUCAGCUCGGACCUCAACAACACCUUAGCCCAAGUGGACAAUGCCAACGCUUACACGAUGAUUACUGGUUUUGCGACCGAUACGUCGCAGUGGCACACCAGCUUCCUUCGGGCCGGCACCGCGUUCAAUGGUUCCACGGCCGUGGUGGCUGACACGGGCUACUACUUGGUUUCGUUCAAUGUGCGGUUUGACGGGCUUUCCGAAGAAUGGGUGCACUGCUUCAUGAGCUUCAAUGGACAGAUUAGCGUGGAACGCAACGGUUUGACCACCGUGCGUGGAACUAACAGCAACGACGAAUGGUCGUUCACGGCGUCGGGGACGGUGCAUUUGGAGGCUGGCGACACCUUUGACGUUCGUUUCAAGACCAGUACGGAUGCCAACUAUGCCAUUCACGACGACACGGGAUUGUCCGCGUAUCGUAUCAAGCCUACUGAGGGCAUCUUUGCUGUUCUGCCCACGUAUGCCACUGUGAGUGAGAGCGGGUGGUAUCCGAUCAAUGGCUGGACGACUACAGCCACAGACAGCGCCACCAACUUUCUUUUCGGAGGUGCUCUGAAGAAUUCAGCCUACGUGGUGAAGGAGAGUGGCGUUUUCCUGCUGAGCGCGACUGUGCGCCGCAACAACGCGGGCGUGACGCGGACAAGUUCACCCGAGUACUAUACGCGCCUCGUGAUUGCUGUCAAUAACGACGCCACCUACAACUCGCCGCUACAUGUUAUUCAGGGAGCGCCCUUCCCCACCGACUAUCUCUCCAGCUCGGUGGCUGGCCUGGCAUACCUCGAGGCGGGUGACCACGUGCAACCUUAUGGGUCUGCCUACGCCACUUACAACUUUCAAUAUACCCCCCAAUCGCACUUUUCAGCCGUGCGCCUGGAUACCAGUUAUGCCUUUAGCGCCUUUCAACUGGACUCGCAGACGAUUUCU